AUGGGGACACGAUUCAAAGGUGACACUAAAGAUCCAGCGGUCAAUGUCACCACAUGGGUUCUCUUAGUCAUAAUCAUUUUUAGUGUCUCUGCUCGACUUGGAACUAAAGUUCGACUGUUCAAGAAACUCAGCACGGAUGACCUCUUGAUCAUUGCAUCUCUGAUUGUUGGUAUCGGUCAGAAUAUCGCUGUUUCGCUGGCAGUUGGGUCCGGUUAUGGAAAGCAUUUCAAAGAUGUAUCCAGCGCCAAUAUGCAACAGGUGAUGAAAGACCUUUUCGCUGGGUCUCUUCUAUACCUCCUAAGCCUCAUGUUCUCGAAACUAUCUCUGGUCGUGUUUAUUCGGAGUCUUACACCAUCCGCCAAAGAUAAAUGGCUCGCCCGAGGUGUGGAGGCUAUCGUGUAUGUCUGGGCAGUUGUUGCUAUCUUUGGAACUGCAUUCCAAUGCUCUCUGCCCCGCGCCUGGGAUUUCCAGAACGGCCAAUGCAUUAACCUGCCGGACAAUACUGACGCGAUGCGACGGGGUGUCCAGUUAACUUGGCGCUACUUCAUCGCUAUCUCCAAUAUCGUUACCGACCUCUUGAUUGUCGCUCAGGCAAUGAUCCUAAUUUCUAGCGUCCAAACGACGCUGUUGCGACGCCUGGCUUUUGCGGGUAUCUUCCUGCCUCGACUUCUUGUAACGAUCGCAACGGUCGGCGAGCUUGCCUUUAUCAAAAAAGGCACUAAAUCCAACGACCCAACGUUUCAGAUGUGUGAAAUCACUAUUUUCGAAGUGACCAUUCAGUGUCUCAGCAUCGUGACGGCCUGUUGGGGACAACUGAGCCCGUUCCUGUCCUGGAUGCGAUCUAACGGGCUCAAGCUCAAUGGCGUGGAAGACCCAACCUCUUGGAGCUACAAGAUACGCUCGCAAUCACAGGGGCGGUCCAAGUCGCGAGACCGUAAGAUCAGGUCUGAAAGCCACGAAAUUCACCCUUUGCCGAUACGACGAGAUCAGAUUUUGGUCACGCAGGAUUGGGAGGUCGACAGCCAGUCAAGCCAGGCGCAUAUAGUAACUGAGUUCGACACACACUCCUAG